UCCUAGGCGAGAGGAAGUUGUUUACAGUACUUUUGUAAGCACCUCGGCAAAAAAGUUCGCCUGUGCCUUUAAGAGGACCCGGAAGCAGAGAGGGCGCCUUAAACGCAGCGCAUCUUGCAAGUCAAGGGACCUUCCUGGACCAGCAGUUGCAACGAACGGAGUCCGGGUAGUCUGGCGGUGGGUUUGUAAACAGGCGUUCGUGUGUAGCCAUGGACUCUGCACGGUGUCCUGGCGCCGCUGUCAUCUGUUAACCCGCGUCUUUUGCGCCGAGCUCUAGGGUUGAUUCUUGCGUGGGAAGGAUCUGAUCCAUACGAGCGGUAGCAGUAACAGCAGCGCCUAUGGCAGAGGGAGGCGCAGCCGGAGAAUCAUGGGAGAGGCACUGCUGGGUCUGUUUUGCUACAGAGGGGGAUGACCGGUCUGCUGAGUGGGUCUGUCCUUGCCGUUGCAAAGGCUCUACCAAAUGGAUCCACCAGGCCUGCCUCCAGCGCUGGCUGGAUGAGAAGCAGAAAGGCAACAGCACAGGCAGAGUGAGCUGCCCACAAUGUGGCACAGAAUAUCACAUCGUCUUCCCCAAACUGGGACCCUUGGUCUAUUUCUUGCAGCAAGUGGACCGGAUUUUAUCCAAAGUGAGCCCCUUUGCUGCAGCUGGCAUUGUGGUGGGAACAUUAUACUGGUCAGCAGUUACCUAUGGGGCAGUUACUGUGAUGCAGGUUGUUGGCCAUAAAAAGGGGUUGGAUGUGAUGGAGAGGGCAGACCCUCUUUUCUUGCUCAUGGGACUUCCCACCAUCCCUGUCAUGCUGGUCCUGGGCAAGAUGAUCCGUUGGGAAGACUACGUGCUGCGGGUCUGGCGGAAGUACUCCAGCAAACUGCAGGCUCUGCAGGCUUUGGUCCCAGGAGUCAGUCGUCCCAUUGUGCAGGCACCACUGGCUGAGUCCCGCUACCAGAAUGACCACCUGUCCAUCUCGCGCACGCUGUGUGGAGCUCUGGUGUUCCCUACCAUUGCUAAUCUAGUUGGCAGGCUCAUGUUCCGCAGAGUGAACUCCAGCCUACAGCGUACCAUCCUGGGAGGCAUUGCUUUUGUCGCCAUCAAAGGUGCCCUCAAAGUCUACUUCCGCCAGCAACAGUACUUGAUCCAAGCCAACCGGCGUAUCCUCAACUAUGUGGAGAAAGGGGAUGCGGAGAAGGGAUUGACUCAGCUCGACGAAGACAGUGGCAGUGAAGCAGGGCUCAGCUAGGGUGGGAACUAAGCUCUCAUAGGCUUGCCAUCUGCUCAGCUCCAGUCCCAAAGCGAAGCACUGACAAGCAGUGUGAGUUUGGCCAGUUGUGUCCGGGGAAGGGGGGUAGUUUUAGACUGGACUGAAUGGAGAGUAUUGCUAAAGUCUACUCUGAGAGCAAUUCCCUUCAUGCUGGUGGCUUAUAUGGAGUUGGCACAAUAGCCCUGUUCUUUCUAGUUUCCCUUCUGCAUUCACUGUUAAUUUUGUGUGGGUUUUGUCCUCAGGCUCUUUAUAAGUUAAAGUUUAAAUAAACCAUAAGACUUAAGUUGUAAGCAUCAUGUUCACAACUUGGAAUUAAUA